CUUUAGAUCCGUUCAUAGAGGCUCCUUGUUCUGCGUCUGCAGAGCAAACUCAGAAGAGAAAAUCAGAAGCAAGGAACUUGGUGGCCAUGGAGGAGAGCCCUCUCUACGUUGAUUGGUCCACAGACUAUCCAGAUGCGGUUGUAAAAGUGGGAAAAGUGACUUUUGGUGAGAAAUCCAGGAACAAGAUGACAGAUUGCAAUUUGAGAAGGAAACAAGUUGGUAACAUUUCCCGAGCAGCAUGUGCAUUGCUGAAUUCAGGAGGAGGAGUGAUAAAGGCAGAGGUUGAUAAUAAGGGCUACAAUUAUGCAGAACAUGGGAUUGGACAGGAUAUAGAAAAAGCCCUUACAGAACUUACUCCAUCUAAAAUGUCUCGAAAAUAUUUUGAUUUUGAAUAUAUGCAGGAAAACAAGUGUGUGUUGAUUUUUGUGAAAUCAUGGAGCAGUGACGGUUCAUCUUCACCCCGUAUUUGCAGCCUAAGAACACGCUUGUGCCAAAGAUCUUUGACUCGAACUGACAGCAUGAGUCCUACCGAAGCAGCACUAUUUCUCAAAGAGAAGGGAGUUUCUGCCAGGAGAAAACGUGAUGAGACAGAACCAAGAGCUAAGAAAGCUCUACUAAGUGACGUUCAGCAGGAACAAAACAUGUAUACGUCUGCUGAAAGAUUUUAUCAAAGAGACUUCCUCUGCAUUGGGGAAAAACUAAAUUUCACUGAGUCAGCACAUGUUGAAUUUAAGAAUUUUGCAACAAAGAACAUUUUGAAAUACAUUAAAGAGAUCCUGCCAAAUUACAUCUCUGCCUUUGCAAACACACAAGGAGGAUUUUUAUUUAUUGGAGUGGAUGAUAAUGGGACAGUUGUUGGAUGUAGGAAGGACAAAGUAAAUAUAAAUGAAUUAAAAGAAGCAAUAGAACAUGUUAAGGGGAAAUUACCCAUUUCACAUUUCUGCAGUUCUCUGCCUGGAGUGAACUUAGAAUGCAAAAUGCUGGACGUGUAUGAUAAAGAUCAAAACUUGUAUGGUUACGUCUGUGCUGUGAGAAUCCAUCUGUUUUGUUGUGCUGUGUUUUCGGAGACUCCGGAUUCAUGGACUGUGAAGGACAAUGAGAUCAUGAGGAUGACAGCCAAUGAAUGGACAGCCUUGAUGAUGGCAACUGACCCAGAGAUUUUAAAUUUGUGUGAAGCUUUCAGAACUGAGCUGAGUGUGUCAUGUGCACCCCCACUCACCAAAACUGUGUUUUCCAACAAAGGCCUCGCUUGUCUGCGUGAUCUGCAAGAAUCUCUAUUUCCAGCAAAUGGUAAUGGGAUAACAUACAAACCAGACAACCUCAGCGAAGAGCUGUUCUCAGAGUAUCCAGGGCUGGAGGAUUUAAUGAACGAGCAAAUGGAAAAGCUGCAAUAUUCUCAGGGACUCCUGAUAUUUGCAAGAAGCUGGGCUGUUGCUGUUGGAUUGCCAGAGAAUGAGCAUGUUGUCUGUGAUGCUCUCUUAAUAGCCUCAGGCAAAUACCCAACGCUGUACACGGUCACGAAGGAUUGUUCCAUGGCUGGGUUUGAAUAUUCACAACCUAUUGCUUGUACGUUAAAGCAAAAACUGGUAAACGAUGGGGGAUACACUCAGAAAGUGUGCAUGAUUCCUCAUCUCCUACAGCUUGGAACUAACAGAGCGCGGAAUAAUGACUCACGUGUACAAGUCAGGUAUCCCCUUUCCUAUGUUCUCUUGCCCAAUGACAUGCCAGACUUACUUCACUCACUUGUGAUAAUCUUGUUGAGUUUUAGAUCCUUCUUAAGUGACAGGCUUGGCCGUGAAUUUCUCAACCUUCUCACCAUUAAACAGUAUGAGAUACUAACAAAGAAUCUUCACAAAUUCAAGAAGCUGUUUAUCUACGGCCUGCCAGGAACGGGGAAGACAGUUGUGGCCCUGAAUAUCAUAGAGAGGAUAAAGAACGUGUUCCGCUGCAGAUCUGAUGAGAUUCUCUACAUUUGUGAGAACCAGCCUCUGAAAAUAAUUGUGGAAAGGAGAAACAUUUGCCAGUCUGUGACCCGAGCUGGUUUCUUAAAUGGGAAUUACGAUCCAUCAGUGAAGCACAUAGUAAUUGAUGAGGCCCAGAAUUUCCGGUCAGAGGAUGGCGAUUGGUACGACAAAGCUCAGCGCAUCACCCAAGGACAUGGACAUUGUGAACCUGGUGUUCUCUGGAUCUUCUUGGACUAUUUACAAACAAGUCACCCAUUUCCGUGCGGUCUUCCACAUCCAUCAGAACACUGUCCUCAGGAGUGGCUAACUGUAGGGGUCCGGAAUGCCACCCAGAUAUACAAUACCAUGGUACAAGAGAUGCAAAAUAUUGUAGAACGUCCACAAAUUGAUAUUCCUUCUGAGCGGUUAAGAAUGCUGCUAAAUGAAGCCGAAUGUGGCCACCCCCUGCCAGGUGUUUGUAGGGUAGAAGAAAACUUGGACAAGGAUGAAAUAGUGACAUAUGUGGUUGACACCUGUCGCCGAUAUUUCCGAAGUGGUUACUCUGGGAAAGACAUUGCUAUCCUGUGCAACACGACGAAAGAGAUAGAUAGGUAUAGUCACAUACUGCAACCCAAAAUGAGAGAGAUGAUGAGGCAUUUCAGACUGGGUGCAUAUUUCACAACAGCAGCUAACGUGCUGGGACAUGGCAUUGUUCUCGAUAGCAUACGCCGCUUUUCUGGCCUGGAAAGAAACAUUGUGUUUGGUAUCAACCCUGUCCCUACACAGGAGGAGAUUUCCGACAAUCUUAAACUCUGUGUGGCAUCCAGAGCUAAUUUACACCUACAUUUGCUGUAUGAAAGGUAAUGCUUGAAAAUAUCAUGGUGGUUCACUCAGGAUCUGUUUAAUAACCCGUGUAGGAUUUCCCUUGGGUUGCAGCUGUGCACAGAGGUUGAGAGUCAUGUCGCUUUUGUGGUUUUUCACCACAAUUCAGACAUAAAUACAAAUCUGACCAUGGGUGAAAUUUUAUCUUAGAGGGCUCCCAUCUCCCAGGCUAAUAAACUACAUGAGACCUGGUGAGGCCUGGGGGUCUUAAAAAGCCAGUUCCUAAUAUAAACCGAAGGAGCUACAUGGGAUAGAGUGAGCAUGGUCCACUUGAAGCUGACCAGUCCUUCCUGAGCCCUGGGUCUCACUUGUCCUGGAGGGCACCCUAUCUCCCUGUUCCCUACUGCAGUAUCCUUUUUGACUGUCUGGGAGUGAAUUGACAGGGAGGAGGCAGGGUGCUCUUGUAGCCAGAGCAGGGAAGUGAAAGACUUUCCAGCUCAGCACUGAUUCCCUGUGCAACACGUGGGCUAAUGUUUCAAGAGCGGCCUCUGAUUUUGGGUGCCCCAUUCUUCAGGUUACCAAGACGCACCACUGUGAGCCACAAAACUCCAGCUUGGCUGCAACCUAACCCUGUAAGGGCCUAAAUUCACUUGGUGCCUUACUUUCCGCUGUGCAAAUUCCCCAGCUGUUUAAGUUUCAGAUGCUGGGGCAUGUGUACCGCUCCCUCCCUCUAGGAGCCCAGGCACUUGUCUCACCUAAGCUCAGAGUGGUUCACCAACCAGGGGGAGACUAAGUUUUGUGCAGGAGAUGGUUUGGUAGGCGUGCUCAGAGGUGGUUCGGUAGGCAUGCUCAGAGGCUGCUUACUGCAUUGGGUCCCAUUCAAAACUAACCGGAGAAGGAGAUGGUGGUGAUGCCCACCUCAGAACUUUCAGUGCAGGGGUUAGAUGUGGCAGGCCUAGGUCCAGUUCCCUCCUCUCUGCCAGAGGGGUCUCACACGUCACAGGAGGGUGCUGCAACCCCUGAGCUAGGGGGCACAUUCUGAUGUGUGGUCCCCUCCGUCUCUCCUGAGGAAGCUGUGGAUAAAUGAUAGCGUGAUUGGGGCAGGUGGAUAGACCCAGGGUCUCCCAUGCUCCAGGCGAGUGCUCUAACCACUGGGCCAGAAGUUAUAAAGUGGCACCACCUCCUCCCACGGCAUCAACCUCGCUCCUGCAAGAGCCGCCUUCGGUGCCUGAGCCGCUUGUCUCCGGGAAAGCAGUUGUCAUUUGUGAAUGGCCAGCAGAGAUAGGGGCCUCACCCUGAGAAAAGGGUGGGCUUAGCAGACACCCGUCUUGUUGGCAUCUCCCAUUAGCUAGGCUAGGCGGCUUCCUGCCUAGCGUGCUGCCUUUUGUGGAGCGCAGUCUAAGGGGCCGGUCUCUUCCCAUUCAUUGUACAGGGAGCCUAGGCACCUGUCUUUGUGGAUCACAGUGUUGUUCCUAUGGACUUUCUAGGUGUCUAACAGUUAGAUGUUGCCAUGGUGGGCAUCACAGUGCUUAAGUCCCCGUGUAGAUCCCAGCUAUAGUGACUAAAUCAUUGGCGUUACGGAUGCUCAGCACCUUUGGAAAUCAGGUCCAGAAUGUCUGAAGUUAGAUACCAGGAUAGACGGGCCUAAACCAAAAGGAUUGGACAGGCCGAUUUUAACCAUUACUUAAAUCAGCAAGUAGGAAACCUUGAUUUAAAUCACUGAUUUUAAUCUUCUCAUGUUUAUAUUUACGUAACCAAAAAUAGCCUUGACACUUUGAUUUUUUUUUUGCUAAUACUAUAGCUU